GGCACAAUACGCAUUGUUAACUCAUAAUCCAGCACUGAGAUCGACGGAUUUGAUCUUAAGGAACAUUGGUUACCUUUGUUAACAACAUGUUUUGACGACUACCGCAUGCAGGGAGGCAACAAGCCUUUGAUAUCGCGCCAUUAACAACACCGCACGUCGAAUCACCAGACGAAUCCAAAAUCAAAAGAUUGACACGGAAUCGUCCAGACAGAUGUAAAGACUGAAUGAGGAAACAAAGAGUAGCGUAAAGCAAAAAAAUCCUAAGACAAGGUUGACAAGAAAUACCGAGACGAGGUGAAGAAAAUCUGUUGAACACGAACAGAAGGAUGAAUUCAACAUUUGAUGCCACUGAUAUCGAUCAGCCAAACCUGGGUACAGUUUUCUUGGUGUCUGGUUCAUUUUUAGCCGUGAUAUGUCCGUUAACCGUCCUUGCUAAUGUAAUGCUUUUGAUAGCAAUAUACAAGGAUCCAUUUAACACGUUCCGCACGCCGACCGCGUGGUUCCUCGUGGGUCUUGCGAUCACAGAUUUGGCAACAGGUCUUGUUCCAGAACCAGUGGUUACAAGCUGCUAUUUUAUGCACUAUCAUCGACAUUCCAAAGUGGAACGCUGUGAAAAGAUCUUUAACAUUGCUGGUAUCAUUGCCGCUAUUACCACUAAUUCUUCAUUUUUGAUAGUCAUGGCGUUCACUUUCGCGCAGUAUGUGGCCGUUGCAUUUCCGCUCAAGUACAAGCGUUUUAUCAGCGUUCGAAAGACGUUAGUUUGUGUGGCGUGUAUCUGGCUAUAUUCAACCGUCUUCGAGAUGUCUCGAACCGUAGGAGUCCCUAGAGAGUUGCUGGAAAAACUCGACUUGUACAUCCACUCAACAUUAUCACUGUUAUUUACCAUCAUAACUUACGCUUUACUUCAGAAAGCCUUCCGCAAACAAAUGACGGCAAGAUCCGCUACCCUGCAUACCACAAAUUCAGUAAGCAUGUCGACAACGCACGAAGUUCACCCUCGGAAACAGAGACGGAAAUCAAAACCAAUGAUCGAAAGGAAUUUCGUGCGACUAAAUCUUCUUCUCAUUGUGAUACUAUUGCUGUGCUCGCAGCCGACCGCUAUACUGUGGUAUAUAUAUUUGUACGCUGAUGAAGACACGAAAAAAAGCCACACUCUUUUUGUGGUUCGCGUUAUCGCGGACAACACUCUCUACUUGAAGUUUUUUUUGGACCCGUUUCUAUUCGCUUGGCGGCUGCCGAAAUAUCGAAAAGCUUUGAGAACAACGUUGAGCAGAAAGAAGUGAGGAAAUGGACACUAAUAAUUGAAAUCACUCAGACACAGGAAAUUAACAUCAGAAUCAUUUGCUUACAAAUAUGUCUUAUACCUCAUUCACAUCAAAGCUUAAAAAUAUUUUGAAGCUAUUCUGUUACACACAGCUGAAUUUUUCUUUCUUCAUAGAAGCCACUUAAACCGGUGAAUGUCGACUUUAAAUUUAGCAAAUUG